CGUUUAUAAAUAUAUAUUAUACAACAAAUCUACAAGUAUUAGAGAGAGAGAGGGAAGGGGUUUUUGUCGGUGUUUGAUUUCCGCUCAAAUUUGCUUUCGAGAAUAACAACGCUGCAAACGCAGAUGACAAGAACCUUAAUACGCAGGCUGUUUGUUGAAGCGACGCCGCAAUUGCUCCACCUCACUGCCUUGAGCAUGCUUCUCUUUUCUCUCUCUGACGUUUCUUGAAUACUCCGUCCUAUUUAUUCAAGUAUACAGAAUCCACCUCUUGUUAUAAUUUAAAGUGAUUUAGAGAGAGAAAUGGAGGGUUGUGGUGCUGCUGUUGAUGCUGGUGCUGUGGGCAACCGCCGUGUGAGGGCGGCGGCGGGGACUAGGAGGAGGAGUCAGAAGCCGUACAAAGGCAUAAGGAUGCGCAAGUGGGGGAAGUGGGUGGCGGAAAUUAGAGAACCUAAUAAAAGAUCAAGAAUCUGGCUGGGAUCUUACUCCACCGCUGAGGCGGCGGCCAGAGCCUAUGACACGGCGGUCUACUACCUACGUGGCCCCACGGCCAAACUCAACUUCCCUGAUGAAAUCUCCGUUGCGGGGCCCAAGGACCUCUCUGCUGCCGCCAUACGGGCCAAGGCGGCGGAAGUCGGCGCCCGAGUUGAUGCACUCCAUACUAAUAGUUUCUCACCGGCUGGUGAAUUUGAAGAAGAGAAGCAUGCAAACAAAUCCCUCAAACCUUCUUGGUUUCAAGAGAUUGUUGACCUCAACAAGAAGCCCGAGCCCGAAGACUCAGAUGUUAAUUAUUGGUGAAGAACAUGAUAGAAAUUCAACUAGAAAUAUUUUAAUUUUUAUCUUUUGUUGUUUGUAUCUUGGGUUUGUACUGGUCAAAAAAUGAACCCUCAAAUCCUAGUUUUGUUUGAUAUUAAUGUUAAUAUUUAGCUUUUCUUAAUUUUA